AACUCUAGAUCGAACAUCAAUGGCAUACCAAGACGUGCAUGAUAACGAUCCGGACUUUGAAAAUUUAGGAGAUAAUAUAGAUUAUUCUGAUAGAUUUGUUACCGAUAGAGAAUUUGAUUCUGUAGAUGAUUUACAUACUUGGGCUAAUGAGAUAGCACUAACAAUUGGAUUUCAAUUUACACGUGCUUCAUAUAAAAAAAAAGAAGGGCGUUCUAGAGUGAGUCUGUACUUAAGAUGUCACCGUUACGAUAAAAGAAGUGUUGAUUUGCAUAACUCAGACAAUGCUCCCCGACCAGUACUACGACGCAUCUCUCAGGUACUUGAACAUGAGCUGCACCCCGAUGGUGACGACAUACCUGAGCCCGAAGCAAGUCCACCGAGGAAAGGAAGACCAAUGACAAGCAGAACCUUGAGGAGAAACAAAAGUGCGUUUGAGUACAGUAGAUCGUCCUCAAGGGGUCGCGGAUCAAGAUCAUCAUCACGCGGGAGAUCCAGUGGUAGAUCAAGCAGCCGGUCGCAUCAAUCGUCAGUUGGAAUUAACUUCAGUUUCAACUUAUCAGAUGGUGCAGCAGGUCGUGAUUUUUCACUUUUUCCGUGGCCAGAUCACAUUCCAUUUAUUCUUCCGCCAUAUCUCCUGUGCAAAACCGAGCUGCCUCACUGUCCUCUCAGGCAAAUAGACCUCCACGAUAUCGAAACAGGUGAUACCACCGAUAUACGAGAAGUAUAUACAAUGGAAGAACACCAUAAUUGGGAUGUUGAAUUGCUAGAACAAAUGGGUCAUGGUGAUAUGUACGAAGCAUCUUCCUUACAUGCUCGUCAAAGAAGCAGGUUCAAUGGUGACGGGCGGUGCAAGGAGACAAAUUAUAUUGUUAGAUGA